GAAUAGGCGUCAAGACUUGACUACAACUCCCAGGGUGCACUGCGGCCCGUGGAUCCAAUGGAGAGCGAGGGGCGGGGCAUGGUCGGGGGCGUGCCCCCCGGGGCGGUGCGCUCCGCCGAUGCCAGCUGUCCGCCUGUACUCUGUGUCCGGUCUCUCCAGUGCCUCCUCCGCGGUGUGUCCGGUCCUGCGGCCAUGCCCGAAGGUCCGGAGCUGCACCUGGCCGGGCGCUACAUCAACGAGGCGUGCGGUGCCCUGGUGUUCUCGGGCGGCGUGGAGCGCUCGGCGGUGGGCAGGGGCCCGGAGGUGCCGUUCAGCAGCGAAGCUUACCGCAUCUCUGCCGCCGCCCGGGGCAAGGAGCUGCGCCUGACGCUGACCCCGCUGGGCUCCGCCGGUGCCCCUCAGGAGCUGGUUUUCCGCUUCGGCAUGUCGGGCUCGUUCCGGCUGUGCCCCGCCGAGCAGCUCCCGCGCCAUGCGCACCUCCGGUUCCGAACCCGCGACAGCCCCACGCGCGUCCUCUGCUUCAUCGAUGUCCGGCGCUUCGGGUCGUGGCGUCUGGGGGGCGCCUGGCAGGAGGGCCGCGGGCCCUGUGUCCUCUCCGAGUACCAGGCCUUCAGGGAGAACGUGCUGAAGAACCUGGAGGACAAAGCUUUUGACAAGCCCAUCUGCGAGGCCCUCUUAAACCAGAAGUUUUUUAAUGGAAUUGGGAAUUAUCUCCGUGCUGAGAUCCUGUACAGGUUGAAGAUCCCUCCCUUUGAAAAGGCUCGGACCGUGCUGGAGGCCUUGAAGGAGCAGGAGCAGGAGAGGAAGAGGAAGAAUCCCUCCUUGACACUGAGCAAGAAGCUUAAGCUGAUGCGGGAGAACCCGGAUCUCCUGGAGCUGUGUCACACUGUGCCCAUGGAGGUCAUCGCGACGGAGAAACACCUCUCUGACCCGGAUCACUUGGAUAACUACGCCGCGUUCAAGAGCUGGCUGCAGUGUUACCUGGUGCCCGGCAUGAGCUCCCUGCGUGACCGCAGUGGUAGAACCAUCUGGUUCCAGGGAGAGCCUGGCCCCAUGGCUCCCAAAGGGCAGUUGCCCCACAAGAAGCGUGCUCAGGUGGAGUCAGACCCCGAGGCUGUGACCCCCAAGGGCCGCCCACGUGCCUCGAGGCGGCGCCGCAGGGCUGCAGCCGAGCAGGAGGAAGAGGAGGCCGGUGAGGGGCCGAGGAAGGGACGCGCUCCCAGGAGGAGGGUAACCGCCGCUGCGGCCGUGCCCGAGCCCGAGGUCAAGGCUGAACGAAGGCGCCGGACCCCAGCGCGCAGGGGCAGAGGCACAGCCCCUGCAGUGUGAGUGCUGCCCCCUCCCCAGGAGCAGCUCGGGGAGGGCCUGGGUUAGUGCUGAGCUCAGUGCUGGGGCUGCUCUGCUCCUGUGUUCACCCCUGCUUGCUACUGCUGCAUCUGCACUGCAGGACAGAGGAGCGGAGCUUGGUGCUGGGCUGAUUUAUUCAGCAUCCUCCUGCUGCCCUCAGGUACUUGAGGGGGAUAAGGGCUAUGGACCAGACAUGCUGGCCUCUGGUCCUUCCCUUUGUCUAAGAGUGGAUUUCCUCUUCCUUCCUCACCUCCCUUGAUCACUGUUUUUAGCUGACUAAUAAAGUAUUUUAUAUAGAAA